AUGAACACCUCAGAGAUCACUAUUUCCUUCUCGAUCCAAUACCAAACAAUCUACGGCGAGGAGUUAUAUGUGAGUCUCGAUGACUCGAGUUAUCGUAAAUUGACAUGGAAGGCCGGUCAUAUUUGGGUAGGAAAUGUGACCAUUCAAAGACCAAGAACACUGAGGUGGUCGUACUCUGUGCAAUACAACGGUGUUGUUGUUCGUCACGAGCAACUUCUUUAUCCUCGGCAAUUCAAAUUCGACGCAAACCACAAAUUUUUCCACGUGUUCGAUAGGUGGGACUGCACGCAGUCGAGCGUGUCCCCACUUACCAUCACUAAACCUCAAAAGAUCGAAACAACAAAUUCGGAGGUUGUUAAUAAGGGACAAACUUAUUCGCGAAAACGUUCACCUAAAAUAUUGUCCGUCUUCGUUCGAGUCCCUCAGAGGGUAUUGGUGUACAACUGA